CACGUGACCAAGAGCCGCCUAGAGCAGAAGUCCUGCUAGUCGCCUCGGUCUGGGUACCAGCCCCCUAUUACUCUGCUGGCCUGUGAAGGAAGAAGGAAACUAGCUCGGACCGUGCAGGUUUGUAGGUCUGUUGGCCUGGAGGUCGCGGCGCAAGUGUCGGCGAGACAGAGAAGCAGCAAAGUGCCUGGGUUGGGACCGCGCAGAUUCAUCACAAGAGAGCUACAGGAGCCUGUGAGAGGCUGAAGAUUUCUAACCUCUACCAUUGCUCACCUCGGCCGAACAGUCCUCUUCCAUCAGGUGGAACAAGGCCCUCUCCUGUCCUGGCCCAAGGCUGGCACAGACUUGAGCAUGGGCCGGGCUCGGGAAGUGGGUUGGAUGGCAGCAGGACUGAUGAUUGGGGCUGGUGCCUGCUACUGCGUUUACAAACUGACCAUAGGAAGAGACGACAGUGAGAAGUUGGAGGAGGAGGAGGAAGACGAAUGGGACGAUGACGAGGAGCUGGAUGAGGAGGAGCCUGAGAUUUGGUUUGAUUUCACAACUAUGACUCGGCCCUGGAGUGAGGAUGGGGAUUGGACUGAACCUGGGGCCCCAGGAGGCACUGAAGACAGGCCCUCAGGGGGGGGCAAAGCCAACCGAGCACACCCAAUAAAUCAGAGGCCAUUCCCCUAUGAACAUAAAAACACUUGGAGUGCUCAAAGCUUUAAAAAUGUCGCUUGUAUUCUUGACCUCUCCAAGUGUCCUUUCAUUCAGGGAAAAAUGUUGUUUGCGAAGCCCAAGGAUGCUGGUUUUCCAUUCAGCCACGAUUAUAUCAAUAGUCAUUUGGCCAGCCUCUCUAUGGUUGGAAACACGAUCCCCACUCCCGACCCCACUGUUAGGGAGAAGGCUUUGUGUGCCUUGGAUAGCCCGAAUGCAAGUUUUGAAAAUCAGGGCCAGAUUGAGACAUACAUCGACGAAGUGUGUCGGGAGACUGUGUCACAUUGCUGCAACUCAUUUCUGCAGCAGGUCGGAUUACAUUUGUUAAUAAGCAUGACAGUUAUUAAUAACAUGCUUGCCAAGUCUGUUUCAGACCUGAAGUUUCCUUUGCAAUCCGAGGGAAGUGGAUGUGCGAAGGUUCAGGUUUUGAAACCUCUGAUGGGUUUGUCUGAAAAGCCAGUCUUGGCGGGGGAGUUGCUCGGUGCCCAAAUGCUGUUCUCAUUCAUGUCACUCUUUAUCAGAAAUGGAAACAGAGGGAUUCUCCUGGAAACCCUUGCCCCGUAAAUGGCCGUCUCGAACAGAAUGGGGCGGAAUCCACUCAAAACCCAUUUGGUUUAUAGAUGUCAGAGAUUCUGCAGCGGGUGCUACCGAAGAUCCAGCCUUAGCCAAUCACCACAUCACUGGGUGAAAGUCCCAGUUGCUAAAUCGAGGACCACUCUCUUAUUGGCCAGGCAAGGCUCCCACAGAGCUUUGAGUGACUUCUUCGUUUUGCAGUCUGCAGGCGAUGUGCAUUUGUAAAUUACUCUCCUGCAACCCUUUUCAUGUGGUAAACGGAUCACUUCGGCUGCCAGCUGUGAGUAAAGAACACCAAACUAUAGCAUCAGGAGCGCUGUUGCUACCUGUGGUGGUGUCCCUGUCUAAACGGGACCACUUUGCAGAGACCAGACUCAUAUCGGAGCUUGUGCUGAAAAUGCAUUUGUUGCUGCUUAGGUUGGCUUCUGUUUCAUUUACUCUUUCUUCUACAUGAGCUGAUGGAUGGUGAACCUAUUCAUCAGAAAAGUAAACUCCCCUUCUGUCUACUGUCCUGACGUAACCUCCUCCACCCAAGUCUGCAUCCGUGUGUAUCAUCAAUAAAGUCGUGUGCUUUGAUUAGCAAAAAAGA